AUGUUUAUUACUCAACUUAUUCUAGCCCUUUCCGUCGCUCAUUACGGCUAUUGUUGGAAGUUCACAACAGAGACCGAUUUCAGAAAUGCGCUGAUGCAGAAAGAGGACACAUUGGUCGCCUAUACUAACACCGAUAGCAUCGAGAGCAAAAAGUUGGAGUUGGAGUGGGCAGAGGUCCAAGAACAAAACCUCAACGCAGUAGCGAUUAACUGCCUCCGAGACCGUGAGCUAUGUGACGAGAACGACAUAGCAUCGUUCCCUGUGAUCCGCUUCUAUCGUGAAGAUGGCUCAAUGCAGAGAUAUCGAGGACCCAGGAAAGCGAAUGAAAUUACCGGUUUCCUAAGAAGGAUGAAACGUUCAGAAAUAAAAGAGCUCAAAGAAGAGACUGGACACUUCCACAAGGGAGAUGACAUCGUCCUCGUGGCUCGGCUGGCGCAGAACGACGAAAAUUUGCGAACAAGAUUCCAAAGUCUAGCGAGGAAUUUCCGCGACAGAUACUCUUUUGGCCUCGUGAACACCUCAGGGGCCUCGUCUAGUGUCAGCUGCUACAACAAUAUCAACGGCGUACAUUACAACGCCAAUGACCUCUCCUCAGUAGUUGCAUUGCAGACCCUGAUCCAACAAUGUGUCAGGCCGCUCGUGGCACAAAUGACACGGAGGAACGAGAGGGAGUACUUGAACGCCGGCAAAUCCCUGGUGUACUUUUUCACUUCCGAUGACAAGCGCCGUGACGAAUACAUCGUGGCUAUCAGAUCACUUGCAAAGCGCUUCCAGGAGUACCUCAGUUUUGUCACCGUAGAUUCGGCAGAGUACCCUGAUAUGUCCUCCCAGCUGGGGCUUGCGGAAGACGAAAAGGGGAGCCUGGCACUACAAAAUCCUCAAACAGGGCAAGCUUUUCCACAUAGCGGCAAGAUCACGGCCCAGGAAGUGGAACAGUUCAUUGUUGACAUUUCGGAAGGCAAGGUGCAGGCUUGGAACGGACAGGCUCCUGUGUCGCAGUGGGAGGGAAAUGCCGGCACCCAUGAUGAGUUAUAG